AUGAAAUCGUGGAAAACGUCACAAUGUUGGCCCGAAUUCUACCCUCCUCCGAAGGCCUCUGACAGAGCACAAGUUGAGUCUAAAGAAGUUAGGCUUCCUUAUUCAGGGCUAAUCCCACUUGAUGGUCAGGAUGUUCAAAUUUGGGGAUUACAAGGACUGGGUCCAUUGGAUAUUUUACGCUUUACAUCAGGGCUUUGGCAAUUGUGCUUGAUCUCCGGGCUUCGCCAAAGGCUAAUAUCUCUUAUAAAGGAACUCAAUCGAGAAGAACCAGCUGGUUUGGGUGGGCCCAACUCCGAGCGCUAUAUUCUUGACUCAAGAGGCGCUCUUGUGGAAAGACGGGCUGUUGUUUGUAGGGAAAGACUCAUUCUUAGUCACUGUCUUGUUCUAUCACUACUGGUUGUACGUGCAAGCCCAAAAGAUGUAAAAGAUAUUUUAACAACUUUGAAAGAUAGUGUAGAGGACAUCAGUGGCAGUGCCAACAUUGUAAAGAACCAGAUCACAUUUAGCCUUCUUAUCUCUCUUAUAAUAUCUUUGAUAUCAGAUGCUCUUAGUGCAUCACCAGACGAAAUGUCUAUCUUGUCACGUGAUGCUUCAUUCAGGCGUGAUUUCCAUGAAACUGUGAUGGCUAUUGGAAACGAUCAGAUAAUUGAGGGGUGUAUGCAUUGUGUUAGACUUGCAUGGGCCGUGCAUUUGAUGAUUUUACAAGAUGUAACUGAUGCAAGUGAGAUAAAUAACGAUGUGAGAAAUAUAAAUUCAUGCCUCGAAGUUGUUUUCUCAAAUAACGUUUUCCAGUUUCUGAUUGAUAAAGCUCUUCGAACGCCAGCCUACCAGAAUGAUGAUGAAGAUAUGAUCUACCUUUGCUCCAUAUUACGCUCCUCAAGCUGAAGUGCAACAUAUGCACAUGACAGAUACUACAGCUGCAGAUUAUGCGACAGUGGAAUUGAUUGUCAACACGACAGUCUACCUAAGAAUGAAAAUGGGCUGCAAAUGAGCGAUAAGUCAAAUAUUGAGACUGUACUUGGAAUAAGCUCUGUUCGUUUGCAUGGGUGGGGGCGUGAUCCGGUUAGUUCUAGUAGCACAAUGGGUGCUACUAAAAAAUCAAAGUGUCUUGCUUACGAAGAUUUGGUGGAUGCUUACGAUGAGCUGGUGGAAGAACUUGGAACCAUGAAAGGUAAAUGCGCAAUUAUGGAACAAGCAUUGAUUGAGAAUAAUAUCAUGCCUCGUCCAUCAAGCAUACUAGAACAAUCUCAAUGUGAUACAUUAGAGGGUGUUGAAAACAUUGAUGAGUGAAGGCGAUUUAGUAGAUUCUAUAACUCGUUAGUAACAUAUAAACACUUUUAGUUGUGUUUGUUUUAGUAUUUAAAUUUCUAUAACUAGUACUUUUAUUUGGUUGUUUGUAAGAUUGAUGUUUAUUAGUUUAA